AUGCUUUCCUACACUAGCCACUGUCUGCAGGCACUGCUCGGGGUCGCCUCCCUACCCUACCGGCAAUACCAGGCGUACUCCAGCCCUCAAGCACCCCUCCAAGUACCCCAAGUACCCCAAGCCGGACCCCCAAUCACCACACUGGUCUCGUCAUGCGCGGGGUUCAGCUACCCGGAGGUUGCCUGUAUUGAUCGCUACGGAUCCCUCCUGCAAGGCGAGUUCGAGCGCAAAGUACGCAACGUGCUUGGCGACGCCGACACCUACAUCUCCACCAACGCGCCGUCAGAACCAACCUUCUCCGAUCUGCAGAAUGCCGAUUUCCUCGUAUGGAACCAAUCGGCGGCAAAGGCCAUCCUGGGUCCCAACCCGCACGUCGAUUUCAUGUUCAGCAUCGAGGACUGCUCCCACGAGGCUCCCGUGUACGUCCCCACUACUAACGAACUGUACUUCUCCCGCUUACAGCAGGGAUUCCUCCCUCAACUGGUGAUUAACUUGAACAAUGACCCUCCUACUUUGGAAGAGAAGCUAGCCCAGCCACCUAUUUACGCCGCCACGGGAGCGCGAUUCCGUGAUGGCCUCCUCUACCUCGCCACGAUAGGCGGAAACGAGUCUCUUGCCGGCUACACGUUUCGUCCAGGUCUGUAUACGUUGGACCCUAUUACGGGAAAAACUCAAGCUCUUCUGAACAACUACUACGGGUAUUAUUUCAAUGCAGUGGACGAUCUUGACAUCGAUCAUGAAGGUCAGAUCUGGUUCACGGACAAUGGUAACACUGCCUUCCUCCUCCCUACCCUCCCUACUCCACUACCUACCCCCCUAUCAAACAGUCCAGCUAAACAACCAAUUCCCAAAACUCGAAAGAUUACGGCCGUCCCUGCCAAGUAA